AUGAUUCGCGUGCACGUCUUGCUGGUAGGUUACCAGCAAGACGUAGACGGACGGAUACCAAAACUCCAUUACGCCGGUCUUUCAGUCAUGCGUCGUACGAGUGCCCGCCUGAGAGCCGCUGGCUACUACAACAUAAAUGAGGAAUCAGAUGCGCAUUGUCUGUCAAAUAUAUCCUACAAUGAGAAGCCUGUCAAGGUUUUCAGGAAGAGGGACGGGAACUACCCCAAUCUGCCUCACUGGGCAAAGAAUGCUACUCAAGCAAACAGCUACACGACACCCAUUCCUGCUGCCCAGUCUUAUGUCAGUUAUCCUGCAUUGGUACCAUAUGACAACACGCGAUUGCACUCAAGGUACUUGAUGUCUGAGGGUCUGUCCAGAUGGCCGCCCAUUAACAAUUAUAACAGUACUACCAGUACUACCAGGACUUCCAGGACAAUAAGGAAUACACAAACUACCUACACCUACACUAUUACCAACCGUCCCAGAAAAGAUUCAGCUCGAAGUUCUGGAUACAUGAGAGCAAUAAUUAGUGCCUUAUUUUUUCCGAUGACAUUACUCUCAUGGAUAGGGGCCAAGUCUAAAUCAAUGAUGAUGCAUGUGGGACAUUUAGUCAGGAGUCGCAUGAAGAAGACCUGUGGUCUGCUUGUCCUCCUCAUCCUCAUAUCUCUAUGUGUAUGGCUACUCUCUCCUGUGUUGACCCAUUUCGUGGAUUUCAAACUGCCAAAGUUUCUACCUCUUCAAACCAACACCAAUGUUGAUGCUGCUGAGGAGAUCAAGGAGCUGAUAGAUCUAGACAUGCAGGACUUGGCCGGAAUGAUGUCCAGCCUUGGUAACAGGAUCAAAGAAGUGGAGACUAAGAAUGCAGUGGUAAAAGUGCUGCUAGAGACGUCUGCCAGUGACAGACACACACAGGGGGUCAAACCACCUUCAGCUACCAACAACCAGCUAACCCCAGAGAUCCAACAGGCCAUGGAGAAGUGGCUCAGUUACCACAUCAAGGAGCAGGACGUAUUCAUGCUUGAUGACAAAAGAAGUGGACGUUCGAUAGGUGACAACAUGGCUGACUUUGCCCUUGAAGUUCAAGGAGCCAGGGUGAUCACUUCCAGGUGUUCAGAGACAUAUCGUGGUAGUAGGGAGUUUUUGACCCUGUUUGGUUACACGAUGUUGACUGUCGAUGUGAGCCCACGGACCGUUAUUCAGGGUCUGGCACCACUGCUCCCAGGGAGGUGUUGGUCAUUUCCUGGUGCCCAGGGAACUUAUGCCAUUACUCUCUCUCAUCCGGUGAAGAUAACGCACGUGACAGUGGACCACGUCUCGCGCUACAGCUCACCCACUGGCAGCAUCAACUCCGCGCCCAGAGCCUUUGAACUCUAUGGAAUGACAGACAUCUCAGAGAAGAGAACUCUUCUUGGAACAUUCACCUACAAUAAGGGUGGCGAGUCCACGCAGACAUUUCAGCUGCUUGUAAGUUAA